GUUGUUGUUGAUAACCGUAGGCGUAGAGAAUCAAAACCGCGCGCCAUAAACUAACCAUGGUUAAAAACAAAGCCAACUCAUCAAUCAAGCAUCAUCUCUAUAAAUAAAACUCAGAAGUUGCAAAUCCAACUCACACAAACGAAUUUAGAAGAAGACGUCUUCAUAAACGUCUUCGUUCUAGUUCCUCAAUCGUUAUCGAAUCGUUCAUCCGAAGAGUUCACGUUCGCGCUUUGAAUCUGCGACGAAGAUGAGGGAGUGCAUCUCAGUUCACAUUGGUCAGGCCGGUAUUCAAGUCGGAAAUGCCUGUUGGGAGCUCUACUGUCUUGAGCAUGGAAUCGGGCCUGAUGGCCAAAUGCCAAGUGACAAGACUGUAGGCGGUGGUGAUGAUGCAUUCAACACUUUCUUCAGCGAGACUGGUGCUGGAAAGCAUGUCCCUCGUGCUGUCUUUGUGGAUCUUGAGCCCACCGUGAUUGAUGAGGUGAGGACUGGAACUUACCGCCAGCUCUUCCACCCGGAGCAGCUGAUCAGUGGGAAAGAAGAUGCUGCCAACAACUUUGCCCGUGGUCAUUAUACCAUUGGGAAAGAGAUCGUUGAUCUGUGUUUGGACCGCAUCAGAAAGCUGGCUGACAACUGCACUGGUCUGCAAGGGUUCUUGGUCUUCAAUGCUGUUGGUGGAGGAACUGGUUCUGGGCUUGGUUCCCUUCUGUUGGAGCGUCUCUCUGUUGAUUAUGGCAAGAAAUCGAAGCUCGGGUUCACUGUGUAUCCCUCUCCUCAGGUGUCCACCUCCGUUGUGGAGCCAUACAACAGUGUCCUCUCUACCCACUCCCUCUUGGAGCACACUGAUGUUGCUGUUCUUCUGGACAAUGAAGCCAUUUAUGACAUUUGUAGGCGCUCCCUUGACAUUGAGCGUCCCACCUACACCAACCUCAACCGUCUCAUUUCUCAGGUGAUCUCUUCCUUGACUGCUUCUCUGAGAUUUGAUGGUGCCCUCAAUGUGGAUGUCACUGAAUUCCAGACCAAUUUGGUUCCUUAUCCCAGGAUCCAUUUUAUGCUUUCCUCGUAUGCUCCAGUAAUCUCUGCUGAGAAGGCUUACCAUGAGCAGCUUUCGGUGGCGGAAAUCACCAACAGUGCAUUUGAGCCAUCAUCCAUGAUGGCCAAGUGUGACCCUCGCCACGGAAAGUACAUGGCGUGUUGUCUGAUGUACCGUGGUGAUGUUGUGCCCAAAGAUGUGAAUGCUGCUGUUGGCUCCAUCAAAACCAAGAGAACCAUUCAGUUUGUAGAUUGGUGCCCUACUGGUUUCAAAUGCGGUAUCAACUAUCAGCCACCCACUGUUGUUCCGGGUGGUGACCUUGCAAAGGUGCAGAGGGCAGUUUGCAUGAUUUCAAACUCCACCAGUGUUGCCGAGGUGUUCAGUCGUAUUGAUGUAAAGUUUGAUCUCAUGUAUUCCAAGCGUGCCUUUGUCCACUGGUACGUGGGUGAGGGUAUGGAAGAAGGUGAAUUUUCUGAAGCUCGUGAAGAUCUUGCUGCUCUUGAAAAGGAUUAUGAAGAAGUGGGUGCUGAGUCCGGUGAGGGUGGGGAUGACGAUAUUGAGGACUACUAGAAUCUAUUUCAUAUUCCUGUGGCGCUGUGUGCUUGUAGACGUGGUUCACAGGGCCUUCUGCCUUUGUGAUCCUUUGUGCAUCGUUUAUGUCUCGUUGUUUCUUAACUAAACACACAUUAGUGUGACGUGUUUCAGUAUGUUUAACUACCUAAAGCUCUAUUAUUCAAAGUGAUAUGCUGUUUUCAUAUUA